CGCACCACUCACUCACUCACUCGCCCGCUCGCUAUCCCCAGUUCCACUUGGGUCGCGAACAUGGCGGACGUGGAGCGGCUGCGGGAGGAGGGAGAGAAAGCGGCGGCAGAGGCGACGCUGCUGAACGGGGAAGCCGGCGAAAAGGAUGAAGCCGAUCCCGGUGAGGAGACAGCCAAGAGGCGGAGGAAAAAGAAAAAGAAGAGCAAGUCCGCAGCCCCUGCCGCAGGACACACGGAGGUGGAUGGUGACGGAGUGUGUGACGUGAGCAAACAGCUGGAGCAGCAGACUCUGGAAGAGAAGGAGAAAGAAGGGGACGAUGAUGGAGGAGAGGAGGAUGGGGAGGAGGGAGAGAACUCAGCUGGGAAAAAGAAGAAGAAGAAGAAAAAGAAGAAAGCAGGACCCAAGGUGCAGACGGACCCCCCCUCUGUGCCCAUGUGUGAGUUGUACCCCAGCGGGGUGUUUCCACUGGGCCAGGAGUGUGAAUAUCCGCCCUCUCAGGAUGGUCGCAGUGCGGCCUGGCGCGCCACUAGUGAAGAGAAGCGGGCGAUGGAUAAGGCCAAUGAGGAGAUGUGGAGCGAUUACAGACAAGCAGCCGAGGCUCACAGACAGGUCCGGCAGUACGUCAGGAGUUGGAUCCGACCAGGCAUGGCCAUGAUAGACAUCUGUGAGCGCCUGGAGAACUGUUCCCGGACGCUGAUAAAGGAGGAUGGCCUGAACGCAGGACUGGCCUUCCCGACGGGCUGCUCCCUCAACAACUGCGCCGCCCACUACACCCCCAACGCAGGCGACCCCACAGUCCUGCAGUAUGACGACGUGUGUAAGAUCGACUUCGGCACACACAUCAAUGGGCGGAUCAUUGAUUGUGCCUUUACCGUCACCUUCAACCCAAAGUAUGACCGGCUCCUGGAGGCUGUGAAAGACGCCACUGAUACCGGCAUCAGGAUUGCUGGAAUAGAUGUGCGUCUCUGUGAUGUGGGCGAGUCGAUACAGGAAGUGAUGGAGUCCUAUGAGGUGGAGAUUGAUGGGAAAACAUUCCAAGUGAAGCCUAUCAGGAAUCUGAAUGGUCACUCUAUUGGACAGUACAGGAUCCACGCCGGAAAGACGGUCCCGAUCGUGAAAGGAGGAGAAGCCACUAGGAUGGAGGAGAAUGAGGUGUACGCUAUCGAGACUUUCGGGAGCACAGGGAAGGGUGUCGUGCACGAUGACAUGGAGUGCUCUCAUUACAUGAAGAACUUUGACGUGGGACACGUCCCCAUCAGGCUACCUCGUGCCAAGCACCUGCUGAACGUGAUCAACGAGAACUUCGGCACGCUGGCAUUUUGCCGCCGCUGGUUGGACAGGCUGGGCGAGAGCAAGUACCUGAUGGCGCUCAAGAACCUGUGCGACCUGGGCAUCAUCGACCCAUACCCGCCACUCUGUGACGCCAAGGGCAGCCACACAGCCCAGUUCGAGCACACCAUUCUGCUGCGACCCACCUGCAAGGAGGUGGUCAGCAGGGGGGACGACUACUGACACACACACACACGCACACACACGCCCACACAUGCACUUGCACAUACACACACACACAAACCCACACACACAUGCACAAACACACACUCAGACACGCAC